CCCAUUCACACGCGGGCAGGCGCAGCGCCGAGGCUUCCGGGGCGGGACGGUACAUACGCGAGCGGGUAAGGGAAAUCGAGCAGCGCAUCGCGAACGGGCAGCGCGGCAUCAUCGUCUGACCUUGCCAAACUGUCCCCGCCCUGGAGGGCCCCUGGCCGCUCGCGUCUUCCCCUUGAGGUCCCUCCGGCCACCCCAUCCCUUGGCUUCCACGCACCAAUCUUGUCCCGGCGCCUGCCGAGUCCAGGAACAGUCGGGCGAGCAGCAGAGCAGAGCCACUAGCGGGCAGCAAGCAAGCGCCAAUGGCGGCUCCUUCCGGAGCGUCCUCCUCCGCGCGCCUGGUGCUGCUCUCCCUGCUCGGGUUCUGCGUCGCGCUGAGCCGCCAGGAAUCGUCGUCGUCGACGGACUCGUGCGGCGCGGCGAAGCUCGCGGUCGCCAGCCUCGUGCCCUUCGACACCGCGGGCUUCCGGUGCGCCGCCAACUGGAAGCAGCAGGACUUCGUCCUCAGGUACAAGAACACGGGGCCGAGCGAGUGGAGCUUCGUCCUGUCGGCGCCGGACAAGGGCUCGUACGUGGCGGUCGGCUUCUCGGGGAAGGGCGCCAUGGUCGGCAGCAGCGCCGUCGCCGGGUGGGCAUCCAACGGCCGGGGCACCGUCAAGCAGUACUACCUCGGCGGGAAGAGCCCCGACGAGGUCGCCCCCAACAGAGGCCUCCUCAAGCUCGUCAGGAACAAGUCCGCCGUCGUCUCCCGCUCGGGCCGCCUCUACCUCGCCUUCCAGCUCAGCACCGACUACCCGCAGCCGUACCUGAUCUACGCCGUCGGGCCGGACGGCAACCUGCCGCCGUCCAGCACCCUGCAGCUGCCGAUGCACCAGAGCAUGGCCUCCCGCGCCUUCAACUACACCUCCGGUAUGUCCUCCAGCGCCGGCGCAGGCGACGGGACGUUCCCGGCGGAGCGGAAGCACGGGCUGCUGGCCAUGAUGGGGUGGGGCGUGCUGAUGCCCAUCGGCAUGAUCACCGCGCGCUACUUCCGGCAGCUGGACCCGUGCUGGUUCUACAGCCACCUGGCCAUCCAGGUGUCCGGCUACGCCAUCGGCAUCGCGGCCGUCGUCCUCGGCUUCCGCCUCAACGAGGACGGGCUCAGGAACGUGGGCGUGCACAAGGCGCUCGGCAUCGGCAUCCUCGCCAUGGCGUCGCUCCAGACACUUUCGGGUUCCUUGGGCACAUGCGCAUGGUCUGGAUUGGGAUCUGCCGCGAGGCCAGCCUGGAUAAACAGCAUGCUCAUUUGUUUAGAGCUCAGAAGCGACAGGUUUAUUUGGAGUUGUUGACUGCGAGUAAGUAUACGUAGCACUAGGACGGAAGAAGUGAGAGCGUUUUCACAUGCCCUGUGAAAAGCGUGCAAUCAAAAUAGAGGCUUCCAUGUCCGUUGACAACGGAGGCCAGACCAGACCAGACAAGGCGCGCCACCGUAGCCUUGUGUGUUCUUGAGCUGGCACAAGAUGGGUUCUCGUCGAGCUAGCGGCUGAAGCAGCUCAGCUCCGCGCAGCCAUGCUCAGUUUUCUAUGCUCGGAAUCUUCGGUUUGCCGACAAAAAAAGUGCUUCCAGUGAAAAAGUUGACCUAGGGAAACCGCAGAUUAAUUUGUCUGUCUCAGGAAGGGAAAAAAAUCACUGCUGCUUCUGGUGAACUUGCCUUUUCGAUUGCUGUGACGAUCUGGAUAUCUGAUCCACGUCUAUUACCAGGUGCUGGCGAUCCUGGCGCGGCCGGACAAGACGUCCAAGGUGCGGCGGUUCUGGAACUGGUACCACCACAACAUCGGGCGCGCGGCGAUCCUGGUGGCCGUCGGCAACGUCUUCCUGGGCCUCUCCAUCGCGCAGGAGACCA